AUCUUCCAAACCUUUUUGCGCCAUCCGUCAACAGUCUCGUCUGCGAUUACUUCUUUCCCGUAGUCGUACUUAUAACAUCACAGCCUUGGGACUGAUGAGUUACAACUUGAACUUCUCAAUGUCCUUUAGACUCCCGUCUUCCGUCACAUCUGCCAUAAUGUCAGUGAGAAGAGAAACUAUUACGCGUAAGUAUAUAUAGCUCCGCGGUCGUAGCGAAGCUCCAGUUCCAGAUUCACAGGCAAAUCUAACAUGGAAGACGGGCUUGGAUCCAACGCUAAUGUGUCCGAUUCGAACGCUUCGUAUCCUUUCGAAUUACGCAAUCGUCACCUCCGGGGUUCGCUCAGGAGUUUGUCCGCAAUUGAUGCAAUACCCAAUACUUCGGCGCUUCCCAGUACUAUUGAUGUCGCCGUCAUUCACUUCACGAUUGCGAUUCGUGCUGCUAGAACACAAGCUGAGGAUGCGUUGGGUACAGCAGUUGAAGUGCUUAAGAAUCAGGGCAAUGCUGUAGUCAUCAAAGCGGCGAUGGAGUGGAUCAAGCUACAUCCAUGGGAGGCCGCUGCCCUAAUCAUUCCUAUUCUUCUUGUAGCAUGCACACCUGCUUUCUUAGGACUUGCUGGAUUCACGGCUGGUGGUAUCGCUGCAGGUAGCAUCGCAGCAGGUAUUCAAGCUGGUAUUGGAAGCGUCGCAGCUGGCUCCGUCUUCGCGACUCUCACGAGCGCAGCAAUGUUGGGAUACGGCGUGCCUAUCGUCCUUGGAAGUGUCUGGGCCAUUAGCAGCACUGUGUGCUGGGGAAUCGCGGCUUGGAAGAGGUGGAGACGAGACUCUGCUGAUGCAGAUGGUGCUGAUUACGAGGAUAGUCAUACUCAUGGCGAGGGCACAGACCGUUGAGUCACAUCCAAGGAUGCUUUCACCAGAUGCUCCGAGGCCAAGUGACCUUGCAUCUCACUCUUGACUGUCACUUUGUAUCAUAUCUUGCAGAACACGCGCUCACAGAGCGACGGGGACUAACCUCCUGUCCGAUAUUGCCCCAGUCUUGGACAAUGGGGUCCUUAGAUGGACGAGAAACGAGAUGCUACUUUCAUAGUGGGCCUCGAGUUGAUCUCCUGACACUGCAGUAAAGCGCAAACUAUGUUACUAAUCGCGUCAUGCA